UACUGAGCUUUAUAAUGUGUAUCCGGAUCUUCCCAUUCAAAAGUGAACAGUUUCUGGGAUUCAGUGUCAAGAGGUAUUGAAAAGAAAGCAUCUUUCAGAUCUAUCACCGAAAACCAGGUGGAUCUGGAUUUCCUGAGCCGCUUUUCUAUGAAGCGCGACGCUGCGGGCGCCCCAGGCAGGCGAGCAAGCCUCCAAGAAGAUGCGGAGAAGGAAGCGCCGGCCACAGAGCCCCUAGGCAAGGGAGAGGGCCUGGUCUGGGAGGAAGAGGAAGGAAGAGCCACCCUGAUCCUGACCUUCACCCUCCGGAAUGCUAGAAAGGCCGGGCUCUCCAAGACAGCCAAAGUCUUAGAGACUUUUGAAGCUGGAAUCCAUCACCUUGAAACCAGGCAAGCCAAAAAAUCCAAGAACACUACUGAUGACCUCGAAUUUUUUGUCAAAUGUGAAGUUCAUAAUUCUGAUGUCAGUGUCCUUAUAAACUCCUUAAAGAAAGUGGCAGAAGAUGUGAAAACUAUCAGAGAAGAGAGAGUCCCAUGGUUUCCAAAGAAAAUACGAGACCUUGACAAGUGCCACCAUCUGAUCGCCAAGUAUGAACCUGAUUUGGACCAUGAUCAUCCUGGCUACACUGACCCAGAGUACAGGAAACGGAGAGCCUUCUUUACAGACCUGGCCUUCAGCUACAGAGAAGGUGACCCUUUGCCUCGAGUUGAGUACACUGUCCAGGAGACUGCUACUUGGAGAGAAGUCUACAGGAAGCUGAGCAGCCUCUAUCCUACGCACGCCUGUAAGCAGUACCUGGAUGCCUUUCAGCAGCUGGAGAAAUGCUGUGGAUACCAAGAGGAUAGUAUACCUCAGCUUCAGGAUGUCUCCAGAUUUUUAAAAGAAAGAACAGGCUUUCAGCUGAGACCAGCUGCAGGGCUGCUAUCUCCUCGUGACUUCCUUGCCAGCCUGGCAUUUCGUGUCUUUCAGAGUACACAGUAUAUAAGGCAUUCCUCUUCCCCUAUGCAUUCCCCAGAACCGGACUGCUGCCACGAAUUGUUGGGUCAUGUUCCCAUGUUAGCAGACAAAGAAUUUGCACAGUUCUCACAGGCUAUUGGACUGGCUUCUCUUGGAUCAUCUGAUGUUGAGAUUGAAAAACUGGCAACACUCUAUUGGUUUACUAUUGAGUUUGGUCUCUGCAAACAAAAUGGAUCCAUCAAAGCUUAUGGGGCAGGACUCCUUUCAUCUUACGGGGAGCUUGUGUAUGCUUUAUCAAACAAGCCUGAGCACAAACCGUUUGAUCCCGAACUGACUGCAGUUCAUCCAUAUCAAGAUCAGACCUUCCAACCCAUCUAUUUUGUAGCAGAAAAUUUUGAAGAUGCCACGGCCAAACUCCAAAAAUAUGCGCUGAAGAUCAAGAAGCCUUUUUCUCUUCACUAUGAUCCAUUCACCUGCAGCAUAGAGGUUCUGAAUACACCUCAGAAAGUCAAGAACACGCUCAGUCAAAUGAAAGAGGAGCUGAAAAACCUCUGCUUUGCCCUUGAAAACAUUUCUUAAAAGCCAGUCUUAGCUGGUGCUGAAAUGUGUACAAAUAACUCGAGAUUUUAUUCAUUUCUAGUGGUGAAACUGUGUGUCUGAAGAUCCUAACUCAUGAGUAGCUGUCAGUCUAAUCACCUCAGUGAGUCAAGCUACACAAUCUUAGCCACAUUCAUUACUUGUUAUAGUAUGUUUCAGUGACAAACAGAAUCUUCUACUUUUGAUAGGCCAUAUAAGCUAGUAUUGAGUGGAGUGUAUUUAUCUACUGCUGUACCCUUUAUUGCGUUAUAUUGAUAUAUAGAAACCUAUGCCACUUUUCUAGGGCUAUCUCAUUGAAUGACACACCUUUUCAGACAUGUGACUUUUGUUUGCCAGUUAAAUGACCCCAAACAAUCAGGACUGAUAAUUGCUUGAAAAUAUCAUCUAUACAUUUUUGGAGCUCAGUUCUGCAAACAGUUACUAAGAUGUAUAAUACAGGCUACCAUGCAUAGUCCCCUCAAUCUGCCCUGUAGAAAAUGUUUGUAGGAUCAGGCCUUGAACUUGUACAUGGUAUCUAUUUGAGACUGUCACUUCAUUUAGCAGCCUUCAUAUACUAGUAGAUAAUUUAGUGCCAUUCACAAGGGCCCAACGUUUGCUAUGGAUUUACUUUCCUCUCUCUCUCUCUCUCUCUCUCUCUCUCUCUCUCUCACACACACACACACACACACACACACACACACACACACACACACACACACACACACACACACACACACUUUUUCUUUAGAGCCAUUUGUUUCAUUACAUCUUGUAGUAAUUUAUCUGUCUGCUUCUUGCCAAUUGGGGCAUAGGCAAAAAUGUUUGAUGACUAAUAAUAAAUCAUUUUUUAAUAAAUCAAAAUAUUAUGUUCAUCAAGCUGGUUGUUUUGCUUUAUAGACUGAAGCAUGUGCUCAAGGAAAAAUAGGUGGAGGAUAAUGCCAGAGAGGAAGAGCUAUCAAAAUAUUUUCUAUAAGAUGGACUCUACAGGCCAUAGGGUCUCGUUCAUGAAUUCCCUCUGAGAGAUGGAAUUUGGAUUUUAGACUUGAGUUUGGCUGGCGCUCAGAGUAGACCUAUAUUUGGAAGGAAUGGCUUUGUUUUGUCCAAAGCCUCACACUUGCCUUGGAGGGACUCCAGGGCCGCCCACACACCCUUGUCUUUUCCAAUUCCUGGAGCAGUGAGAGAAAAAUAAAUAACUUAGGACCAGCUUCUCCUGCCUUUACACAUGCCUAUUAGUGCCUUACUUCUCAAGUAAGGCCACUGAUUGCAGUGGAACUACUCAGGGAGUAGGGUACUACUGUGGCAGAAUCUAGUCCUGAGCCGAUUUUGGUGUUUUUAACAACACACUAUUUUGAUAAAAUGCAGACUUAAUGACAAUUGGCCAGAUUCCUCCCUGAUGUAACUCCAUUGACUCCUAUGGAGUUCCAACAGUGAUUAAUUUGACUCAUGAUUUCAGGGGUAAGUUGCUCUUUCCAUAUGAGGCAAAACUUGCUGUCCUUAUGCAAGUUCUAGGUCAGGGUCUCAUAUGAUCCAGCAAAGGCUGUUCCAAAAGCAGCAGCGAUCACACUUUCUUAAGGACUAAAUUCUUUAACCCUUAUUUGGUGUAAGGACAGAGGAAGAACUGCAGGGCUUGACCCAAAAUGACGUGGACCAAUUGCAUUGCUCUUACAAUAGCUGUUCUUUCAUCAUCAUAAAAUAACCAUGGGAAAGCUAGCAUAUGGUGCCAUAUGGGGGUGAUAGCUAGCAGCAGAUAAUAUCAAACAGAAAAAAACUAUAUAUACUUCACAUUUGAGUUGUUUCAUGUUAAUCUCUCAUAGGGUGACUUGAAAGCCACGUAAAACAUGUCUUGUGACUUGAAGCUGAACUAUGGAUGAACUCUCUGUGGUGGAUAUUUUGCUUAUCCUGAUAAACUUGUUUUUUCUAGAUUGGUUGCAUGUAAAACAAAACAGUGUAUUUUAUUAAAUCUGUAUUGUGUUUUUCUGUGAUAUGUGGGAGAAUUCUUGGGAAGUCAUUCCUUUUUUUUUUCUUAGCCAACUCCAUCCCCUACCCAUUUUGAUCCCUCUGAAGUCACCAGGUGCCAGAUUGCUUCCUUGUGGACUUACAAGGAGUUCCCAGCAUGGUCACUUCUUAGGAUUUUGUGGACUUGGCAAGGCAGAGAGAGGAGUCCUAAGUAACCUCAAGUCUUCAUGAAACUGGGCCAUGUUUCUCCCCAUUUCUCACCUCACCCGCCUCUUUCCCCCAUUGAGGAUCUGUAUUUCAUGGCAAAACUCACAGUCCAGUGGGAUACCCCUAUUUCUCAACCACUUUCCUCUGAGACAUCUUCAUUCUUUACACUGGGGUGAAGCUCUGUUAUGGACUGAACCUCCAUCCUGACAUGACCAAUAAAAGCAACCAAGGAGCAGGAGAAAUCAUGACCCUUCCCCCAUGAGUAGAAAGUAUCACAUCCUCAAUAGUCCCACUCCCUACUGACCCAGGAGGAAAGAAGCAAACACAUGAUAAAUUCCCAAAGGAUCCUAAAACACGUAAUGAACUGAUGUCUAGACAUAUACAAAGGGGUCACUUAACUCACCACUGAAAUGCAGCCACCUCCAAGAUUUCCCUCAAGAGUGAAUUUUGAUAACUGUUUAAUAGCUAACUGAAGCACUAGUUAAGAUAGGAAGCAAAGAUAAAGGGCCAAAUUCUCAGCCCUCAGUCCAGUAACCUUGCACUACUCAGGAAGUACAAAGGGAGUGAAAACUUCAUCUAAGUCCCCUUCUGGGGAUUCAUGGGGUAGUGCCCAACAGGCAUACAGGCAAGCUAUACACCUCCCUCACCACAUUACCAGUGCAGGGGGCAUGUCACUGGAGCACAAUGUGCAUUAGCAGUCCCCAGCUGGUGUCUGGGGGUGUUUUCUGGUCUAUUUUGCUAUUAAAUUUAUAUCAAUCUAGGAUAAAAGAGGAGGAAACAAUGUCACAAUAUAUAUUUAGCUAAGUGGUGGGAAGUGCUCCUUUCAGUAGCCAAAGCAAACCCCUCUCUCCCGUCCAUUGCUGCAGCCCAGUUCUACAGCACUGUUCAUUGGGCUGUUAUUGUAGAAGCCUGCAUCACAUGUAACAUACCACAAAAGACUGCAAUGACCAGGCAAGGUAAAGUGAGGAAAAAGCUCUUCCAGUUUGGAAGCUAAAACUGAAGCUGAGCUAGCUGGUUUAAAUCAGUUUGGGAUACCACUGGAAAUUAAAGGACCUGAGCCUGCUACCACUGAAGUCAUGAGGCAAGAGCUUCAGCUGACUUAAAGCAGUGGGGAACCUUUGACAUUAGUAAUGCUACACUGAUUUAUAGCACGCAUGGCACUGCAGCAAUAGAAAAAAAUCCCAUUGAGUGCAGUGGUGCAUAAGCAGGAUCCGAAUUCAAUAAAGAAGUCAUUUACAGUAAUGUCAAAUCACAACAUUUAGUGACAUGGCCCUAUAUUGAUUAAUAGAGAAUAACUCAGUUGCAUGGAUUUAAUUGAGGUUCAUCAAGCACUAUGGAUAGGCCCACUUUAAAUACACUGAAAUCAAUAGCAAACCAACUCAUAGAGGGUCAGUAGCUGUUACGGUGGCAAUUAAACAGUGUUAUGUUUCAAGAAUGUCUUGAGUUGACACAGUUAAGCCACACUUUCUCUUUUGCACAACAAGAGUAUUAAAAACUUUCUCAACCGAAUUUUUUUUAAAUAUGUUGGUUUUAAGUGUUUCCUGAAUUGAUCCCAGAACUGUUGGGUUUGAAGUGGAACGUGUGUUGGCUGAUGGUAGGAAAUGUGUAAAAAGUGUUUAAGUCUUGUACUUCAACCAGUCAGUUUGGUUCCUACUCUCAUGUUAGUUCAUAUUUCUUGGUUUAAAUCUAAGUAAACAAAAUGAUUUCACUCAACUCUUUUGUCUCUAGUGUCCUACAAAUACAAGCUUUGAAACUGAA